AAAACUUAUAUAAUUAUUUAUUAACGUGAAUUUGAAUUAUUUGAUAAAGAAAAAUGGAUAGACUUCUACGACUGGGUGGUGGUUUACCAGCUCCAUUGAAUCAAGGACCUCCACCAUCUGAUGCACCUGUCGUUGAUACUGCAGAACAAGUGUACAUUUCAUCAUUGGCACUUUUAAAAAUGCUGAAACAUGGCCGAGCUGGAGUACCUAUGGAAGUUAUGGGUUUGAUGUUAGGCGAAUUUGUAGAUGAUUAUACUGUUCGUGUAAUCGAUGUUUUUGCCAUGCCACAAACGGGAACUGGAGUGAGUGUAGAAGCGGUUGACCCAGUAUUUCAAGCUAAAAUGUUGGAUAUGCUUAAACAGACUGGUAGACCAGAAAUGGUUGUAGGUUGGUACCAUUCUCACCCAGGAUUUGGUUGUUGGUUAUCUGGAGUAGAUAUCAAUACACAACAGUCGUUUGAAGCACUCAGCGAAAGAGCUGUUGCUGUUGUCAUUGAUCCUAUCCAAUCAGUGAAAGGAAAAGUGGUUAUUGAUGCAUUUAGAUUAAUCAAUCCUAACAUGAUGGUUCUUGGUCAAGAACCUCGGCAAACUACAUCAAAUUUAGGUCAUCUACAGAAACCUUCUGUCCAAGCCUUAAUACAUGGAUUAAAUCGUCAUUAUUAUAGCAUUAGUAUCAACUAUCGUAAAAAUGAAUUAGAGCAAAAGAUGUUAUUAAAUUUACAUAAAAAGACUUGGAUGGAUGGUCUCACUCUUGCUGAAUACUCAGAACAUAGUAGACUUAACGAAAAUAUUGUUUCUGAAAUGCUUGAACUUGCUAAAAACUAUAAUAAGGCAUUGGAAGAUGAAGAAAAAAUGACACCUGAGCAAUUGGCUAUUAAAAACGUCGGUAAACAAGAUCCAAAACGUCAUUUAGAAGAAAAAGUUGAUACACUUAUGGCUACAAAUAUUGUACAAUGUUUAGGAGCUAUGCUUGAUACAGUUGUAUUCAAAUAACUAUUUCUUAAAAUACAUAUUGAAGUAUGAUCUUUAAAAUAAAUUUUUUAAAUGGAAAUACAAGUAUAUUUUGUAUUCCUAUGAUUUAUAAUACAAUUUUGAUGUAAAGAUA